CAGGGCAUAAGAAGAAAGCCUUCGAAGCAAAGGGAACAGCAAAGGCAAGAGGAGUCCCGAGUUAGACAACCUCAAGCCCUGUGAGGAUGAGCAGAGGCUGGGAGAAGCCAGCACCCAAACAAAGGCUCUGAGCCAAGCUGGGGUUAAGCAUCCAUCCAGUCCUGCAGAUCCUGGGAGGCAGCAGGAGUGACACUAUUAGAUCCUUUUAUGAGACUAAUGUUUGCAGCCGGUGGUUGGAGGACUGUCCAGGAGAGAGACUGGUGUGGAGGCUGUUACAAUGACCCUAAGAAGGAACGAGGCUGUGUGGCAAAGGUUUAGCCACUGAGAGAAAGCCCCGAGGGUGUGAUCAGCAGAGGACCACCAGCCCCACACAAGGCUGAACUGUGACUGCCUCGCUGAAGUCUCCGAAGAGGAAGGGCGAAGGUCCUCCCUGCGUCAACACGGGACUCCCCCGGCCGAGUUUCGAGAAGUGGGCAAGUCACUAAACUCCUCUAUCUUCUCAGCCCUCAAUACACAUUUUGCCGAUAAAGCCCCAAGGUAACAAUGCUAGAGACACUUUUUGAGCCAGGGCAAAGAAAGUGGACACUCCUCUCUGCUUUCCUGCUCACUCUCACCCUCAGGUCUUGAAUCUCUAAUCUCUCUGCAUCCUCUGUCACCCCCACAAGAGCGCCAUUUCCAACUGCUAUUUCCAAGCCUUUUCUUUGGUCCUCAAAGCUGCAGUUCUCAAAUACCCCCAGCCGCUGGCAAGGCUGCCUCGACGGCUCCCAUUCGCGGGCCCCACGUCCCUCCCUGGGCUGGAAGGUGACAACCGCGAGAAGGAGGGCGACCCUCUUCCCCUGGGCUUCGGAUGACAUCACAUCCUCCCAACUCGAAAUCGGGCUCGGCGGCCGUCGGAAGGGCGCAACUUUCCUGCUGGGCCACUGUCUCCUGCGCCUGCACUAGGUCUGAGGCUCCAGCUGAGCAGCGCAGCGGGAACCAUGGUCCUGCGGGUGACCCCCCUGUUCCUGCCGCUGGCCCUGCUGCUCUAUGCUGCCGUGGCCCUCGGGUUGUCCGCGUUCCGGACAAAGCUGCCGAAACAGCGGAUAAGCCUGGGUCAGACAGUGAAGCUGGAAUGUGAGGUGCUGCUAUCCAGCGCGACGCAGGGCUGCUCGUGGCUCUAUCUGCCGCCGGCACCCGACACCAGCCCCCGCUUCCUAAUGUACCUCUCCCAAAGCCGGGUCAGGAUGGCGGAGGGGCUGGACAGCAAGUGGAUCUCGGGUGAGAGGACCAAGGAGAAGGACUACCGCCUCACCCUGAACAGCUUGCGAAAAGACGACGAAGGCUACUAUUUCUGCGCGGUCUUUAGCAACUUCGUAUGGCACUUCAGUCCCUUGAUCCCGGUCUUCCUGCCAGCGAAGCCCACCCCGACGCCCAAGCGGCCGCCACCCACGCCGGCGCCCACCAACGCGUCUCAGCCGGUGUCCCUGAGCCCGAAGGCGUGCGGGCCAGCGGCAGGGAGCGCAGUAGACACGACGCGGCUGCACUGUGUUACCUACAUCUGGGCGCCUCUGGCUGGGACCUGCGCGGUCCUUCUCCUGUCUCUGCUCAUCGCGGUCAUCUGUAACCGCAGAAACCGAAGACGCGUUUGCAAAUGUCCCAGGCCCCUGGUCAGGCCGGGAGGCAAGCCCAGCCCUUCGGAGAGAUAUGUCUAACAUGGCAACCGGCCCUGCGCGACAGCCACUACAAGACUGCAUACUGAGAACUCGCCUUACAAGGAGAGCAACCGUCCUUCCUUUUUGUUUUUUUCAGCCUUCCUUAUGUGUUCAUUCUCAUUAUUAUUAUCUUCAUUGGUUGGUGGCGGAAGUGUUACUCUUUCUUUAUGUCUUUACUUAAAUUGACACAAAACAAAACUAGAUAAUGUCUAAGGUAUACUGUAAAGGUUACAAUACCACUGUGCACACGUAUUGGGGGAAAGGACAGGCUGUGUUCUCACACCAGGCCGUUAGAGCUGGUGGGGGCCUUACAACCAUUCGGUCCAAACCUCUCUUCCACCCAUUUUACAGAGGAGGAGGCUGAAGUCCAGAGAUGGGGAGAAGCUUGAUCAGAGUCCCAGCAAGGCUGGGGCUCUUCCUCUACACCACUCAGGUCUUUCUUCUGGAGGCCUCUUUCUCAGCGUGGGGUUCUGUGUCUCAAAGCGCAAGGGAACAAGUAAUUUCUUG